AUGGACAAGCAGACGCUCGGCGGCCCGCGGCCCAUCCACAACUACGCGCUGGUGCCUUUCCAUGACCCAGACGUGGGCCCGGUGACCCUCACCGCCGACCCGCGGCACUUCCAGCGGCGCCUGCAGGAGCUCUCCGUCCAGGGUGGAGGGGAUUGCCCAGAGAUGAGCGUCGGGGCCAUCAAGCUGGCCGUGGAGAUCUCGCACCCCGGGUCCUUCAUCUACGUCUUCUCAGAUGCCCGGGCCAAGGACUACGAGCAGCAGGAGGAGCUGCUGCAGCUCCUGCAGCACAAGCAGUCCCAGGUGGUGUUUGUGCUGACCGGGGACUGCGGGGACCGGAGCCACCCCGGGUACCGCGUCUACGAGCGCAUCGCGGCCAUCAGCUCUGGGCAGAUCUUCCACCUGGACAAGCAGCAGGUGAAGGAGGUGCUCAAGUGGGUGGAAAAGGCCAUCCAGGCCUCCAAGGUUCAUCUGCUGUCCACCGACCACGAGGCUGGCGGGGAGCACACGUGGCCUGUGCCCUUGGACUCCAGCCUGAAGGAGGUCACCAUCUCCCUGAGCGGCCCUGCUCCCGAGAUUGAGGCAAAAGCCCCGAUGGCCAGAGGCUCCUGGAUGGUGACAGAUGGGACCUGA